AUGCAGGGAGGUGGAGAUGGAUCUCCUCCUGAAGAAUCUGAAAGAAGGAGCCACUAUAAUGGUGAUUCGAAUUGGCUACCUGAUGGAUGGACCGUGGAUUUCAAGACUCGAAAAGGUGGUAACAGUAAAGGAAAGCAAUACAAGUGUUAUGUUAGUGCUCGAGGACGCAAGUGUUAUUCUAAGAAGCAAGUAUCCGAUUAUCUUGAGAAGAUUGGCAGGACAGAAGCUCAUGAGAACACUGAUAAUGCCAAUAGAUCAACUUUAGACUUGUCGACGGAGCCAGAAAAUGAAGUUAUUGGAUCGUCACCUGGAGGACCGCCUCCGAAACUGGCAACUAGAAGUAACAAGAGGAAAUCCCUGGGAGCUGAAGGUGUUUCAGCUGGAGGAUCUGGAAGUAGCAGUGUGAAAGAAUCUGAUGCAGUUGAACUGCCCUGGACGAUGUUUUGUUCUGCCGUCAGUACCCUUUAUUACAGAAAACUAUUGGAGAAAGACCCAGAAGAUAAGCGUCUAAAGGAAAAAGUGGAAGUGGCCGAGGAAGAUGUUCAUUAUUUGAGGCAAUACUACUCGAAAAAUGUGCCAGAUGACUGGAAUUACAACCAUGAGACUGCCAGCAACAUCGUCUCCAGGAGAGAUGGAGAUAGUGGAAAAGAGCUGUGUUAUAUUACUACCCACCUGGAGAGAGCGAUAAAUGCGAAACAUAACAGAAAGAGGAAUUGCUGUUUUAAGCAAUCUGAGCGAGAGAACCGCCGGUUCGGGGCCAUGCUAGGUUGUCAAUGGGCGAAAUAUCGUAAGACACUGCGUGUUGAAAAUUUGCAUUUUAGCACGGAUGAAGUGGACUUCACGGAGAGAUUUGAAGCUUUUGGCCCGGUGUUGGUUGUUCAGUUCCCAAAGGAUCCUGAAACAGGACAUUGUGAAGGACUUGCGCAUAUUGAAUUUGUUAAACUUGCACAUGCAAAGGCAGCAGCACAAAGUUUAAAUGGGACAAAGAUAGCUGGGCAGACUAUUAAGAUAUUAUCAUGUGCUGAUCAUCUUGAGGCACUACGCCAGGGAGAAAAAGCAGCAAGUUUGGUAUUAUCAUAUGCUGAUCAUCUUAGGGAGCAAAAGCAACAGGUUUGGUGA